AUGUCUGUUCGAAAGCUUGUCUCUCUCGGAUUGACCACCAUGGCCGCUUCCAUGGUUGUUUCUCCUCAUAAUGCCGGGGAAGUGCUUCCCGGAGAUGCAGCCUGGCCAAAGGCAGCAGAUUGGGCGAGCCUCAACAAGACUAUUAACGGACACUUGAUUGCUUCGGUUCCCCUUCCGAACAUGUGUGCCACUAUCCAAACGACCAUUAACCAGCCGGCUGAAUUCUUAAACAUGUACUUCAACAAUUAUACCUGUGAUUCGUUUACGCCGAAGUCAAAGCCCUGCGAGCUGGGUAACUAUGUUAGCUACGUGGUCAAUGUUACGGGUGCUGCGGAUGUUCAGGCCGCCAUUGCUUUCGCCAAAAAGAACAACGUUCGGCUUGUGAUUAAGAAUACUGGACAGGACUUACUAGGCAAGUCUACCGGCAAGGGUGGCCUUUCUCUAUGGACACACAACCUGAAGUCGACCCGAUUCAUCCCCCACUACUCAGAAUCGUAUUACAAGGGCCCGGCCAUCAAACUUGGAGCCGGUAUCAAAGGAUUUGAAGCCUACGCUGCCGCAAACGCCGCGGGCCAUAGCAUAAUCGGUGGCUCCUGUCCCACCGUCGGUAUCGCAGGAGGGUACAGCCAGGGUGGUGGUCACUCGAUUCUAUCUAGCAUGUAUGGCCUGGGCGCAGACAACACGGCACUUGGUGAGACCCCUGAGCAGAAUUCGGACCUCUAUUGGGCCAUGAGCGGUGGCGGUACUUACGCUGUCGCGCUCUCUAUGACCAGCCGUCUCCACCCAGACGAUAUCUUUGGUGGCGCCUCAGUCACCUUCAACGACUCCAAGGUCGGCAACGACGCUUUCUGGGAGGCUGUUGGCGCUUUCCACAGCCUACUUCCGGCCUUUGUUGAUGCUGGCAACUCGUACACGUACACACUGACCAACAACGUGUUCCUCUCCUGGGGUGUUACCAUGCCGGGUGCCGAUCUGAACAAAGUCAACGCUUUGAUGCAGCCCUUCCUCGACGAUCUUGUUGCUCGCGGAAUCGAGUACCAGUACACUCCCCAUGCGGCGGCCAGUUACUACGAGCAUUUCAACUACUACCUAGGCCCUUUACCUGAGGGUAUCGCUGACUACGCACCUUUCACCGGCAACCGCAUUCUCCCCUGCGCCAUGUUCGUCGAUCCAGAAAAGAGGCCCGGCGUCAUGGACGCCGUUCGCAAUGCUUCGUUGGCUGAGGGCUAUGGCCCGCUACCCUGUCAGGCCCUCAACGUGUCCGACCAAGCUCACCCUUCCAAUGCCGUGCUACCCGCCUGGCGGGACGCUCUAUCUGUCUGCCUGACUCCCAGCUACUGGGACGCCGCCACGCCCGGUGGCGGUGUGUAUCUCAACGAGGUCAACUACCAGAAGCAGAACUGGCAGAAAGAGUUCUAUGGUUCUAACUACCCGAAACCUCUGUCUGUCAAGAACAAGUACGACCCGGAGGCGCUGUUGUAUGCCCACACCGCGGUUGGCAGUGAGAAAUGGACUGAGGAUGGUUCGAUGAGGCUGUGCCGGACCUAG